AUGGUCUCCAAGUCCGACCAACUGCUCAUCGUCGUAUCCAUCCUAGAAGGUCGUCAUUUCCCCAAGCGUCCAAAACAUAUGCUUAUAGUAGAAGCAAAGUUUGACGGAGAACAGUUGGCCACUGACCCUGUGAACCACACCGACCAGCCAGAAUUUGCUACCGAGUUAGCCUGGGAGAUCGACAGGAAAGCACUCCAUCAGCACAGGCUGCAACGCACGCCGAUCAAACUGCAGUGUUUUGCCUUGGAUCCCGUAUCUUCAGCCAAGGAAACUAUAGGCUACAUUGUGCUAGACUUGAGGACUGCUCAAGAAACAAAGCAGGCACCAAAAUGGUACCAGCUGUUGAGUAAUAAAUACACCAAGUUCAAGUCGGAGAUACAGAUAAGCAUUGGUUUGGAAACAGACACCAAGGCACCAGUGGAUAGUUUUAAAGCAAAAGGAGCCCCCCCUCGAGAUGGAAAAGUACCUGCCAGCUUGUCUGGCCUCAACCCCAAGGACAUUGUGGCAGUGCUGAAUGAGGAGGGAGGCUACCAUCAGAUCGGACCAGCCGAGCAUUGCACAGACUCCUUCAUUAUGUCAGUGACCAUAGCAUUUGCCACCCAACUGGAGCAGUUAAUUCCGUGUACCAUGAAACUUCCAGAAAGACAGCCUGAGUUUUUCUUUUACUAUUCUUUGCUGGGAAAUGAUGUUACAAAUGAACCCUUCAGUGAUUUGAUCAACCCAAACUUUGAGCCAGAGAGAGCAUCUGUUCGAAUACGUAGCAGCAUAGAAAUUCUUCGUGUUUACCUGGCACUUCAGUCUAAACUACAGAUCCAUCUUUGCUGCGGAGACCAGUCACUUGGAAGUACAGAAGUGCCCUUAACCGGACUGCUGAAAAAGGGGAGUACGGAAAUCAACCAGCGCCCCGUUACAGUUGAGGGUGCUUUUAUUCUUGACCCUCCGAAGCGAGCCAAGCAAAAGCUUGCACCUAUUCCUGUGCAGCUGGCCCCCACUGUGGGCGUGUCUGUGGCUCUGCAGAGAGAAGGCGUAGAUGCCCAGUCUUUAAUUGAAUUAAAGACCCAGAACGAACAUGAGCCACAGCAAUCAAAGAAGCAAGUUUUAACUCCUGUAAAAGAGAAAACGCUCGCUGGGCCAAAGUCACCAAGCGUGUCCCCUGUUCCACCUCAAAACCAGUCGCCUCCAACCCAAGAUGAUGCAACCGGAAGUGAAGUGGAGAGCCUGCAGUAUGACAGGGACAUGAAACCAAACGCAAAGGCCAUGGGUUCUUCUUUGCCUCUUCCGGUGGCCCAGCCAGUGACCACAGCCACUGCUUCAGAAACCGCCUCGGGACAGAAGAUUGCGGUGCCAGCGACAUCACAUCAUUUUUGCUUCUCAAUAGACUUAAGGAGUAUCCAUGAUUUGGAAGCUGGUUUUCCAAUCAACUGUAUGUUAAGGUACUCCUAUCCAUUCUUUGGUAGUGCAGCUCCUAUUAUGACAAAUCCUCCUGUAGAAGUUCGCAAAAACAUGGAAGUUUUUCUUCCACAGUCUUACUGUGCAUUUGACUUUGCAACUAUGCCUCAACAGCUGCAGGAUACCUUCUUAAGGAUUCCACUGCUGGUUGAAUUAUGGCACAAGGACAAAAUGAGUAAAGAUUUACUCCUGGGAAUCGCCAGGAUCCAGCUUUCUAACGUCUUGUCUUCAGAAAAAACUCGCUUUUUAGGUUCCAGUGGUGAACAGUGUUGGCGUCAGACGUACAGUGAAAGUGUGCCUUUUAUAGCAGCACAGGGGUCAAACAACAGGAUAAUGGAUCUUUCUUACACAGUAACUCUAGAAGAUUAUGGACUAGUAAAAAUGCGUGAGAUUCUUGUAUCUGAUUCAUCUCAGGGUUUAUCUGCUGGGCAACAGAAGGCAUGUUCCCUUCCUCCAGCACCUUGUCCUUCAGAAAUCCAGACAGAGCCUCGAGAAACCUUAGAAUACAAAGCAGCACUAGAGCUAGAAAUGUGGAAAGAGAUGCAGGAGGACAUUUUCGAAAAUCAGCUAAAGCAGAAGGAAUUGGCUCAUAUGCAGGCUCUUGCAGAGGAAUGGAAGAAAAGAGACCGAGAAAGAGAAUCACUCGUAAAGAAAAAGGUGGCUGAAUAUACUGUCCUAGAAGGAAAACUUCAAAAAACCCUAAUUGACUUAGAGAAACGAGAGCAGCAGCUGAUCAUUGCAGAGUCAGAGGUUCAAAGAGAAAGGAAGGAACUGAAAUCAGAACGUGACCGGAACCUGCAAGAACUUCAGGACUCCAUCCGAAGGGCCAGAGAAGAUUGUGUUCACCAAGUAGAACUAGAAAGGUUAAAGAUCAAGCAGCUAGAAGAGGACAAACAUCGACUGCAGCAGCAGCUUAAUGAUGCUGAAAAUAAGUAUAAGACUUUGGAAAAAGAGUUCCAUCAGUUCAAGGAUCAGCAAAGCAACAAACCAGAAAUCCGCCUUCAGUCUGAAAUAAAUCUACUCACCUUGGAAAAGGUUGAACUUGAAAGGAAGUUGGAAUCUGCAACUAAGUCUAAACUACAUUACAAGCAGCAGUGGGGACGAGCUUUGAAAGAACUUGCCAGACUUAAACAGCGGGAACAAGAAAGUCAAAUGGCUCGUCUUAAAAAACAGCAAGAAGAAUUGGAACAGAUGAGACUACGUUACCUGGCUGCUGAGGAAAAGGAUACAGUCAAGACGGAGAGACAAGAAUUGUUGGAUAUAAGGAAUGAAUUAAACAGGUUAAGGCAACAAGAACAAAAACAGUACCAGGAUUCCAGAGAGAUUGCAAGUGGAAAAAUGGACAGCCCACGUGGCAACCCAUUGGAAGAAGGUUUGGAUGAUUAUUUGACUCGACUCAUAGAAGAAAGGGAUACUUUGAUGCGGACGGGUGUGUAUAAUCACGAGGAUCGAAUAAUAAGCGAACUAGACCGACAGAUCAGAGAGGUUUUGGCAAAACACAAUGCCAGUAAUUAA